UACUUUUUAUUUUUAUUAUUGUAUAUGUCAAAAAGUAAUAUUGUUAAAAAAAAAAAAAAAAUUUGUCUUACUUUUUUUUUUUUUUUUUUUCAUUGGGUUGGUAAAAAAAAAAAGCUUAGUAAGAGGAAUUGAACCAGUCUAGUCGAAGUCAUCAUGGCAGAAAGCACCACGGGAAAAAGUAGCAAUAACAACUGGUGGAAAUCCCUCACUGUCCGUAAAAAGCCCAAGGAAGUUUCCAUGUACAGCGGUUCUACAGAGACCGUGGAGGACAAGACAUGGGGGAUUGGAGGUGGAUCUAGUCUAAGUUCUUCCCCCGGUUCAAGAGAAAAUCAACACCCUAACUCCAUGCAUAGUGGAGGUACAGAAUUCAACGGUGAUGGCAAGGCAGACAAGACAUUCAACGAGAAGACUGGUCGCAGAAAUCUCAAGAUAUCUCGAUCUGGGCGCUUUAAGGAGAAGAGGAAAGUACGUGUCAGCUUACCGGAAAGCCCUAAAUUUUUUCAGGAGAAUCCAUCCCAUGCAAAUGAUGAGCGUCAAUGAGCUGCAACAAUGGGUAAUAAAAGGGCUUAGCAACAGAUCGCGUACAUAAGAGAUGAGCUACCAUUUGGUCUUUGUUCCUUCUUUGUUUGGAUAAUUGAUCCUGCAAUGGUAGGAAAUAAUUUCCUGGUGGUACAUAAGUGGCACCUUACAAACUCUGACAUGGACUUAUUCACCGAGUGCCUUAUUUGUGGCAAAUUAUAGUUUAUUAUCAAAUAUUUGGGGACUAUAAGUAAAGACAAUUGCACAAAAUGCUUUAAUAAGCAAUUACACUAAAUUGUAAGAGCUGAACCACAUCGUGAAGCUGGUCUAUUUUGUUGUAUUCUUGAAGGGAGAAGAAUAAUCUUUUCAAAAGACUGUCACCCUCAUAGACAGGGAAUUUUAAAACCAGAAUUCUGAACUGAAUGAGCAGAUUUUUUUUUUUUUGAUUUUUUUUUUUUUUUGAACGCUUAAGAAAAAAAGCCUUCUAGCACAUAAUUAAUUCUUUGAUUGAUUUAUAGAAAUUCUAAAUAUAUUGAAAAGCAACUAAGCAUUGUAAGCUAUGUGUCACAAGAACAGAAAGAAAUGAUAUGACGACGGCCUAUAUUGAUAAUAGGUUGUGAUAUGGUGGUUAGUAUGUCUGACCCAUAACCAAGUAAAUGGGAAUUAAGACUUGCUAAAGAAAAAUAACACAUUAUAUAUUUCCGUGCAUUUUUUUUUCUUUAUUCUAUAAAAAAAAUUUAGAAUUAUUAUUUUUUUAAGUUUGCAUACAUAAAAGUGUCAAUUGCAUAUUGUCAAUAUUUCAUUAUUUGAGUAUCCAUUAUUUAUUUCAUAAAAUAAGGCUUUUCAGCUUAUCUUUUUUUUAAAAAUUUUAUUUAAUAUUUUAAAAAUAAACUUUCUCAAGGGAAAUACAUCUUAAACUUUUUUUUUUUGAGAGAGAGAGAUAUUUGGAUACAAUAAUUUGUUCUGAUUUAGAACUUAUGUAAAGAUUUACUCCUGAAAUGCACUUUGAACUCGAAAAAUGUAGUAGAUUUUUUUUUAUUUUGUUGCUGUUUUUUUAGAUUUAGGAUGGGGCUGCUUUUGUAUGUUGAAAAAGAAGUUUUGAUCAAAUGUUUUGUAAUUAUGAUGUCCGUUUAUGAAGGCAAAAUUGUAAUGCAACGGUUUUAAUGAAUAUUAAAAUACUGGUAAAACACAGACCUAAAGAAAAAAAA